AUGUUUAAUAAAGCUUGGUAUUACCAAAAUCGCGGUACAAACAUCAAGUCACACGCCCACACGACAGAAUUCCAUUUACAAAAUGUCCCCUGGGAGGCCUCCACGGCCACGCCAGGAUCCACCCAGGCCUGUGGUCCAGGGGGCAGGGAGGCGAGGGGAGGAGGGUGGGCGGGCAGAGGAGGGAGAAGGGGAGGAAGACUAAAAACAGUCCAUAUAAAAGCUCAAAAAGAGCCAGCCAAUGGUAUUAUCACAAUGAUACAGGUACAAAUAAAAGCAAAAAUUAAAGGACCCAGGCUGAUACGGCAGGCUACGCUGCCAAGAGCUGGACGGCCGCCCUGGCCGGGCCAUCCUGGCGGCGCCCGGCCGCCCUCCCUGCGCUUGCGCCCCGCUCUCGCUCUCGCACUCACUCGCUCGAUAGGAAACACGGAAGGUUAUUUUGUGUUUGGAGCUAGUAACCUUGGUCAAACGAGUCCUCCGAGGAAUCGCUGA